UUGGGUCCAGGGGUGGAGGAGAAAGACAGAACAUCUCUCCUGGGGACAGGGGGCAGGUUGGAGGGCAGUUCUUGGGUUAGCAUUAUUCUGAGCAAUUUGACUUCCUGUGCCUUACAUGACGUUAAGUAAGCAGAUAAAAAAAAUUAGGUGAAAUCCUUGCUCAUUUUAGCACAAUUUUAUUUAAUUUCAAGAGGGCUUUUGUGGGAGAAAGGUUAAUUGGAGGGACGCUUCAGUUUAAGUAAAAACUCCUGCUGUGAUCUUUGAAGAUAUUUUAAUUUUAUGAAAUCAGAAGGUCUAGAAUUCUCGGGCACAUUUUCAACCUGUCUCCAGGCUCUCGAAAGCACCUCUUAGAGUAGAUACUGGUUUGUGGGCGUCUAGUUUCCUGGCAGGUCAGGAAUAUCUGGCCGUAGCCCCAAGCCCCAUCACUCCCUAAAGGAUGGCUCUGUGGGCUUUGAGAAGGCCCAUGAGGACAUGGAAAUAAGUCUUAACCGCAGGCAAUGAAGACAAUCUUGGCUAAUUCCCUAUGGCCGUUAGAAACCUCAGCCAUGCCUCCAGGAUUAUGAAGUCCUCUCCAAGGCCAGGUGAUGCCAACCCAGGAGCUCUGAUACCUGACACGUGAACAGGUUGGGUGUGGAAGAUAGUAGAGGGUGGUUUUUGAAAAACUUUGUUUCAGAGUUGCCCUGGGGUAUGGAUCAGGGCUUGUGUGUAUAUCCCAAGUAACCUAUAGCAGUACAGAAGAGCAAGGGACAAGUUCAAGGAGGAAACAAAAGUCCAGGCCACCCAGGCUCACAGCAGCACUAUUUACAUCGGCCAAAAGGUGGCAGCACCCCAAGGGUCCAUCCACAGGUGAAUGGAUAGACACUAGGUGGUCUCUAUACACAGUGGAAAAUUAUUCGGCCUUAAAAAGGAAAAUUCUGACAUAUGCUUGCAACAGAGUGAACCUUGAAAACAUUAUGCUGAGCGAAAUAAGCCAGUUAGAGAAGGACAACUACCGUAUGAUUACACUUCUAGAAGGUACCUGGAGUAGUCAAAGUCAUAGAGACGGAAAGUAGCAGUGUGGUUACCAGGGGCAGGUGGGGGAGAGAGGUGGGGGAGUUAGUGUCUAAUGGGGACAGGGUUUCAGUCUUACGAGAUGAGAAAGUUCUGGAAAUGGAUGGUGGUAAUGGUUGCUUAAUGCCACUGAACUGCACUCUUAAAAAUAGUUACUAUGGUAAAUUUUAUAUUAUGUACAAUUUACCACAAUUUUUAAAAAAAUUAUAAUGCCCUUUAAAAAUCCCCCAAAAGCCAGGCCCAAAACACGAAUCUCGUGGGCUGAAGUUUUUGCCUGUCUGUGACUUCCCCAAAAUCUAACUGACAACUCCACUGAUCUGAGCUGAACCAGAAAACUGCACGGACUAUGUUCACAAGAGCUUUCUCCCCAUCAUGGGGGUGACUUGUGGCUGUCAUAACGUGCUGGAUUGCUCUGCAGCUGACAGAAGUGAACAGGAACAGGAUUUGAGGGUCAGGGGCAACGUGAUGAAUGCACGCAUCCUGGGCUCGCCUUGCUCUGUGGCCCCCUGAGCAGCCCCGGGCAGACCCUCUGGGCCAGGAGGUAGCAGGAAUCACCACCCACGGGAGUCUAGUCCCUCCCAUUUAUUAGCUGCGGGACGUGGCUCAUGCCAGCGUGGCUCUGCCAGAAGGAAACCGGGGGCCGGACCCUCACCGAAGGCCCAGCUGGCACAGCAUGGAGCGCUCAAGCAAGAUGGAGUUCUUCCAGAAGCUGGGCUACAGCCAGGAGGAUGUGGUCAGGGUGCUGGGCAAACUGGGCGAGGGCGCCCUGGUCAAUGAUGUGCUGCAGGAGCUGAUCCAGACCGGCAGCCGCCCGGGGGCCCAUGAGAGCAGCGCGGUGCCCCUGCUCGUUCCGAGGGGCUCCUGUGCCACCCUGGACUCUGCCCAACGUGGGCCAGCAGCAGAGCUGGAAGAGGACUACGGAGGCCCAGCCAGUUCCUUGCGACCCAUAGUGAUUGACGGCAGCAACGUGGCCAUGAGCCAUGGAAAUAAAGAAGCCUUCUCGUGCCGGGGAAUCCAGCUGGCUGUGGACUGGUUCAGGGACAGAGGACACACCUACAUCAAAGUUUUUGUCCCAUCCUGGAGGAAAGACCCGCCACGAUCUGACACCCCAAUUAGAGAGCAGCACGUGCUGGAGGCACUGGAGAGGCAGGCGGUGCUCGUGUACACCCCGUCCCGCAAGGUGAACGGCAAGCGGGUGGUCUGCUACGACGACCGCUACAUCGUGAAGGUGGCCUACGAGCUGGACGGGGUCAUCGUCUCCAACGACAACUACCGUGACCUUCAGAGCGAGAACCCCGAGUGGAAGUGGUUCAUCGAGCAGAGGCUGCUCAUGUUCUCCUUCGUCAAUGAUCGGUUCAUGCCUCCAGAUGACCCCCUGGGCCGCCGGGGACCCACCCUGAGCAACUUCCUGAGCAGGAAGCCGAAGCCCCCAGAGCCAUCCUGGCAGCACUGCCCCUACGCAGUGUCCAGGUUCGGGCGAUAAAUUACAGGAUCACCUCUAUUAGAACAACCUGGAGG